AUGGUUGAAUCUCUUAUCCCUGCUGGUUAUACGAUUAGGCCCCUGAUGGCAGCCGACUACGACAAUGGUGUGCUGGACUGUCUUAAAGGUCUCACUACAGUUGGCGACGUGUCACGCUUGCAUUUUGAGAAGCUGCUAGCUUACUGGGAUGCCAGACGUGAUAUGUAUCACAAUAUGGUUAUUGUGGACAAUUCGGGGCUCGUUGUUGCUACAGGAACCCUUCUCGUGGAGUACAAGCUGAUCCACGCGUGUGGAAAGGUGGGCCAUAUCGAGGACAUUUCCGUGAACGAAAACCAGCAGGGCAAAAAGCUAGGAAUUGCCCUGAUUCGCUAUUUAUUGCAAGUAGCCAAGGAUCUCGGGUGUUACAAGACGAUAUUGGACUGUUCAGAGCACAACGUUGGCUUCUAUGAGAAAUGUGGGUUGAAGGUUGAGGGCAUUGAGAUGGGGUAUAGAUAUUAA